UGACUACGAAGUACAAACGAGAGCCUCAUCCACACCCAACUUCUCUGCCCCACUUCGUCAUUCUUCGGCCUCUGCUCCUUCCAACGCUAGAAGGAAAACGGUGUCCAGAUAGUGCAGCUUGUAGCAUUCUGCCGAUCCCGCCGAAACGGGAGGUUCUGGAAGCCGGUAGUAAGAAUAUUCCGGAGAAAGAGAGAGAAGGAGAGGGAGAAAUGAUGAACAGGACAAAGACGAGCUGCUUCAUCAAUGCAAAGAGGCAGAUAUUUUCAUUUUGAGAAGUUGCUAUCAAGGACAAAAGUGAUCUAGAAAUUUUAUUUACCCUUUAUGGAGAUAAACUCUGAGGAACAUGAGCAUUCCUGUGUGCUUCUGAAGCAAGGAGCCGAAGCUAGAGUUUUUGAGUCAACUUUUGUAGGAAGAAGAUCUAUUAUUAAAGAACGAUUCUCCAAAAAGUAUAGGCACCCAACUCUGGACUCAAAGUUGACCCUUAAGCGUUUAAAUGCGGAGGCUCGUUGCAUGACAAAAGCAAGAAGGCUUGGUGUUCCUACUCCAACUUUGUAUGGAAUGGACCCAAUUCUUCACACUUUGACAUUUGAGUAUGUUGAGGGGCCAUCUGUAAAAGAUGUCCUUCUGGGGUUUGGAUUGCAUGGUAUUGUUGAAGAGCGCAUCAAUGACAUUGCAACACAGAUUGGAGAUGCCAUUGGAAAACUGCAUGAUGGAGGCAUGGUGCAUGGAGAUUUAACUACAUCAAAUAUGAUACUUAGAAGCAGUAAUAACCAACUAGUUCUGAUCGACUUUGGUCUUAGCUUCAUUUCUACUCUCCCUGAAGAUAAAGCAGUGGACCUGUACGUGCUUGAGCGUGCACUGGUCUCCAUGCAUUCAUCAUGUGGUGACGUGAUGGACAAGAUACUAGAUGCUUAUCGAAAAUCUUCUAAGCAAUGGUCAUCUACGCUGAACAAACUUGCUCAAGUAAGACAGCGUGGCCGGAAGCGCACAAUGGUUGGAUAAAAUUCUUGCAAGUGGGCUGCUAGCUUGUUAGUUGUAUCUAUUCACAUGCUUAGAUUAUUACACUUAAAGAGGAUUGAAGCUGUCGUUGGUUGGUAGCAUACCUAUCGUCACUUCUUAGGGUCAUACUCUUGUUGUUACCUCAGAGGGCUGUCACUUAUCUAAUGGUUUUUGUACUUGAAAAGGGUCUACUCGGGAUGCACUUUUAUUGCCAUAAUUUAGUAAAGAUCUGCCGAAAGGCAGCUCUCCUCAAAAGAGUUCGUUGUUUUUUAA